GGGUGACGGCACCGGCGAAGCGGAAGUCGGUGCCGAGCUGCGCGUCUGUCCCGUGCCCCACGUGCUGCGCGGUCUGUGCUGCCGGCGGUUGGGCGCGCGGCCCUUUCCCCGCUGCCGCUGCUUUCCUCAGCCGCUGCCCGCGCUCCGGCGGCGGAGGAUGGCGGACCUGCGGUUCCGCCUGGCGGAGCCGCUGCAGCUGGUGGCGCGCAGGAACGAGAAGAGCAGCGCGGAGCUGAGCAGGUUCCUGGCGAAGCAGGUUUGGACUCAGCAGGAUCGGCAAUGCAUCCUCGAUACAUUAGCGCAGUUAUUACUGGAUAAAGAAUGUACUCUGUUGAUUGGCCGUCAAGUUCGGCCAAUCUUGUUGGAUUUGUUGGAAAGAAAUGCAGAAGCCAUUAAAGCUGGUGGCCAAAUCAACCACGAUCGGCAUGAAAGGCUGUGUGUAGCAAUGAGCAAGCUGGUUGCUGACCACCCUGAUGUUCUGCCAUUUGCUUUAAGAUAUUUUAAGAAUACAUCACCAGUUUUCCAGAGGCUUUUCCUGGAGAGCUCAGAUGCAAACACAGUCCGAUACGGGCGCAGACGAAUGAAGUUACGGGACCUCAUGGAGGCAGCUUAUAGAUUUUUACAAAAGGAGCAAUCAGUUUUCCGGGAAUUGUGGGACUGGAGUGUGUGUAUUCCACUCCUAAGGAGUCAUGACACUUUAGUCCGUUGGUAUACUUCAAACUGUCUUGCUCUGGUUACAUGUAUGAAUGAUGAGCAUAAAUUAUCUUUCCUGAAGAAGAUAUUCAAUCCUGAGGAGCUGAUACAUUUUAGACUAAAGCUACUAGAAGAAUCUCAGCUGCAGAAAGUGGAACAAGCCCUUGUUUUGGCCAAUCCGGACUCCUCGUUUUGGCAAAAGGAGAAAGAACUGCAAUAUACGCAAGGACAUAUUGUAUCAGGAGACCUCUCUGCAAAUGUAGUAGCUGUAUGUGGCAUUGUGCUGCCUAGACUACAGCUUGUUUCUGAAGAGCAGGAAAAUAACACCAACUGUUUUGUUUUGGUUGAAUCUGCCUUUACAAAUCUUCAAAACCUUGCUAUUGCUGUAGCAUAUCAGACUCCUGUUUUAUUAGAAGGACCAAUAGGAUGUGGCAAAACUUCAUUAAUUGAACAUUUAGCAGCUGUUACAGGAAGAGCAAAGCCUCCUCAUAUUUUGAAAGUCCAACUUGGGGAUCAAACUGAUAGUAAGACGCUGCUUGGAAUGUAUCGUUGUACAGACGUACCAGGGGAGUUUGUAUGGCAACCUGGAACCUUGACACAAGCUGUUACCAAAGGUCAUUGGAUACUUCUGGAGGAUAUUGAUUAUGCUCCUCUGGAUGUGAUCUCUGUGUUGAUUCCUCUUUUGGAAAAAAAAGAGUUGCUGAUUCCUGGUCGUGGUGACUGUUUAAAAGUAGCAUCGGGAUUCCAGUUUUUUGCGACCAGGAGGAUAUUCAGUUGUGGUGGAGGUUGGUACAGGCAGCAAAGCAGCCAUGCUGCUCUUCUGGACAAAUACUGGACCAAAAUACAUCUAGAUAACAUGAGCAAAGGAGAACUGAAGGAGGUUCUUCAAAGGAGAUACCCCAACCUUGCUCUUGUAACUGAUCACUUGCUAGACAUUUACAUUCACCUUACAGGAGACAAGUAUCAGACAUCAGAAAACAGUGCUUCUGGCUCCAGACACAUACCAGAAGAUUCAUCAGAAUCAAUUUCAGAAAAUAAGAAACCCAAUCUGGAAGGACGAGAACUAUCUCUAAGAGACUUACUGAAUUGGUGCAGCAGGAUUGCUUACAACUUUGACAGUAAUUCUUCAACCAUGGCAGUGAAUAUUUUUCAGGAGGCAUUGGACUGUUUCACAGCUAUGCUGUCCAACCAAGGGAGCAGACAGAAAAUAGCAAAAAUUAUUGGAACUAAACUAAACAUUUCUAAGAAAAAGGUGGAGUUCUUUUGUGAACUCUAUAAACCAGAAAUUCUUAUACGGGAACAAGAAGUCUCUGUUGGAAGAGUGCAUCUUAUGAAGAAACAAACUCAGGCUCUCACUGUACAAAGAGCAAAACAAACCUUUGCUGCCACACAGCCAUCUGCAGUAUUGAUUGAACAGCUUGCAGUUUGUGUUGUCAAAGGAGAGCCUGUGCUUUUGGUUGGUGAAACAGGAACUGGCAAAACCUCAACUGUUCAGUACCUUGCUCAUAUUACAGGACACCAUUUGAGGGUUAUCAACAUGAACCAACAAAGUGACACGGCAGAUUUAUUAGGGGGUUACAAGCCUGUGGAUAACAGGCUGAUCUGGCUACCUCUGCGAGAGUCUUUUGAAGAACUCUUCUCUCAGACAUUUUCUAGGAAGAAAAAUCAAACUUUCUUGGGACACAUUCAGACCUGCUACAGGCAGAAACGUUGGCAUGAUCUGCUGAAAUUAAUGCAGCAUAUUCAUAAAUCUGCUAUUAACAAGGAAGAAAAAGAAAAUGCAUCUGGCUCACCACUGAAGGAAAAGUGGGAGGCGUUUGGUCUUAAACUGAAUCAUGCUCAUCAACAGAUGAAAAUGACAGAAAAUGCUCUUCUCUUUGCAUUUGUUGAGGGUACUCUGGCACAAGCAGUAAAAAAAGGAGAGUGGAUUUUAUUGGAUGAGAUUAACUUGGCUGCAGCAGAGACUUUAGAGUGCCUGAGUGGUUUAUUGGAAGGAUCAUCUGGGUCGCUGGUGUUACUAGACAGAGGAGACACAGAGCCUCUUGUCCGUCACCCUGAUUUUCGCUUGUUUGCAUGCAUGAAUCCAGCUACAGAUGUUGGAAAAAGAAAUCUUCCUCCAGGAAUAAGAAACAGGUUUACUGAACUUUAUGUAGAAGAACUGAGAAAUGAAGGAGACUUGCAAGUUCUUAUCAUGGAUUAUCUGAGAGGCUUGAAUGUGAACAAAAAUACAGUACAAGGGAUUGUGAACUUUUAUUUAUCUGUGAGAAAGGAAGCAGAAACAAAGCUAGUGGAUGGAACUGGCCACAGACCUCACUAUAGUCUCCGUACACUUUGCAGGGCAUUGAGAUUUGCAGCAUCUAAUCCAUGUAGCAGCAUACCACGGUCACUGUAUGAGGGCUUCUCUUUGAGUUUCCUGACACAGCUUGACAGAGGUUCUCACCCAUUAGUUCAAAAGCUAAUUUGCCAGCAUAUAGUCUCUGGCAACAUCAAAAGUCUUCUCAAGCAGCAAAUACCAAAACCCCAAGGAGGGAGAUUUAUACUUAUAGAAGGAUACUGGAUUUCAGCUGGGGAUAAAGAACCUGCUGUAGAUGAGGCUUAUGUGCUGACCCCUUCAGUUAAGCUUAAUCUGAAAGAUAUUGCCAGAGUUGUGUCUGCAGGGACUCAUCCAGUACUGAUUCAGGGAGAGACCUCUGUUGGUAAAACCAGUUUAAUUCGCUGGUUGGCUGCUGCUACUGGGAAUCAUUGUGUAAGGAUUAACAAUCAUGAGCAUACUGACAUCCAGGAAUAUAUUGGCUGUUACACAUCGGAUGCCUCUGGGAAGCUGGUAUUUAAGGAAGGCGUUCUUAUAGAUGCAAUGAGAAAAGGUUACUGGAUUGUUCUAGAUGAACUGAAUUUGGCUCCCACUGAUGUUCUGGAGGCUCUCAACCGUUUGUUGGAUGAUAACAGGGAGCUGUUCAUUACUGAGACCCAGGAAGUUGUCAAAGCUCACCCUCGCUUCAUGCUUUUUGCUACACAGAAUCCUCCAGGACUCUAUGGUGGCAGAAAGGUUUUGUCCAGAGCCUUCAGAAAUCGUUUUGUGGAACUGCAUUUUGAUGAACUACCAAGUGCUGAACUUGAAACCAUCCUGCACAAGCGAUGCAGUUUGCCACCUUCUUAUUGCAGCAAGCUUGUCAAAGUCAUGUUAGACCUGCAAUCUUACCGCAGAGGUUCGACAGUGUUUGCUGGGAAGCAUGGAUUCAUUACCCUGCGGGAUCUGUUUCGUUGGGCUGAAAGGUACAGAUUGGCAGAACAGCCUGAGAAGGAGUAUGACUGGCUUCAGCACUUAGCAAAUGAUGGGUUUAUGCUUCUGGCAGGCAGGGUCAGGAAGCAGGAGGAGGUGGAUGUUAUUCAGAGUGUCCUUGAAAAACACUUCAAGAAAAAGCUAUAUCCUGAGUCUCUCUUCUCAGGGGAAAGCGUCAAAAAGCUACUGGCUAAAUCCUCCACGCGGAUGUCGGUGAUGGACAGAGAUUUUAACCAUAUUGUCUGGACUCAAGGGAUGAGGAGACUUGCCAUUUUGGUGGGACGAGCCCUGGAGUUUGGUGAACCAGUACUGCUGGUGGGAGACACUGGGUGUGGUAAAACUACCAUUUGUCAGAUCUUUGCAGCAUUAACAAAUCAGAAGCUAUACUCAGUGAAUUGCCACUUGCAUAUGGAGACUUCAGACUUCCUGGGAGGACUGCGACCUGUCAGACAGAGGUCGAAAGACCAGGAGGAAUCUGAUGGUUCUAGACUCUUCGAGUGGUGUGAUGGCCCUCUUGUUUUAGCAAUGAAGGAGGAGGGAUUUUUCCUGCUUGAUGAGAUUUCUUUAGCUGAUGAUUCUGUACUAGAGCGACUUAACAGUGUUCUUGAAGCUGAAAAGACAUUGGUACUUGCUGAAAAAGGUGGUCAAGAUGAUGAGGAGAAUGAGGUAGAACUACUAGUUGCAGGAAAGAAAUUUCGUAUCCUUGCAACCAUGAACCCAGGAGGUGACUUUGGGAAAAAAGAGCUUUCUCCUGCAUUGCGCAACAGAUUUACAGAAAUAUGGUGUCCACAAAGCAAUGGCCGUGACGAUUUGAUACAGAUUGUAAAACACAAUCUUCAUCCAGGAUUGUCUCUGGGUGGAGUAAACCAUCAAGGGGCAGACAUAGCAGAGCUCAUGAUGGACUUUGUUGAAUGGCUGACUAAUCAAGAGUUUGGUCACCAGUGUAUUCUCAGUGUGCGAGAUGUCUUGUCAUGGGUUAAUUUUAUGAAUGUCAUGGUAGAGAAUGAAGAGUCUAAUUCUGCCAAGGAAUAUAGCCGCCUUUAUGUUUCUCCAAUGAUGUCUUUUAUCCAUGCUGCAUGUUUAGUAUACAUUGAUGGAAUAGGAUCAGGUACAACAUCCUGCUUGGCUGAUACAGCUUUAUUAGCUCGUGAAAAAUGCCUGACAUUCUUAUGUGAGAAAAUGAGUCAAGUCCUUGAGCUGACUGAUUAUCAGAAGAAUGAACUGAAGAUUUAUGAAAGGACAAAGGAGAGAGAGUUUGUGUGGAUGGACAGCUUUAUGGGAAUCCACCCCUUUUUUAUUCCAAGAGGCCCUGUUCUUCAGAGGAACAGCAUUACAGAUUAUGCUCUAAAUGCUGGGACUACAGCAGUGAAUGCACAAAGACUGUUAAGAGCCCUACAGCUUAACAAACCUAUUUUGUUGGAGGGGUCACCAGGAGUAGGCAAGACCAGUCUAGUUGCUGCUCUGGCAAAAGCCUCAGGAAACUGUCUUGUUCGAAUCAACCUGUCUGAGCAAACGGAUGUGACAGACUUGUUUGGGACAGACUUGCCUGUUGAAGGUGGGAAGGGAGGAGAAUUCGCCUGGCGUGAUGGACCACUACUAGCAGCAUUAAAGGCUGGACACUGGAUUGUAUUAGAUGAGUUGAAUCUGGCUUCUCAGUCUGUAUUAGAGGGGCUAAAUGCAUGUUUUGACCACAGAGCAGAGAUUUAUGUUCCAGAAUUGGGAAUGAAUUUUCAUGUACAGCACAAGAAGACUAAGAUUUUUGGAUGCCAGAAUCCAUACAGACAAGGAGGUGGAAGAAAGGGUCUACCCAAGUCCUUUCUUAAUAGAUUUACACAGGUGUAUGUUGAUCCACUGUCAGCAGAAGAUAUGGAGUUUAUUGGGAAUACUCUGUUUCCUGCUAUUGAUAAAAGUAUUAUUGCUAAAAUGGUUGCUUUCAAUAACAAGAUUGACAAAGAAGUAAUGACUGAAAAAAAGUGGGGACAGAAAGGAGGACCCUGGGAGUUCAACUUACGUGAUCUUUUCCGCUGGUGCCAGCUUAUGCUUGUUGACCAGUCACCAGGAUGUUAUGAUCCAGGCCAGCAUGUAUUUUUGGUAUAUGGAGAAAGAAUGAGAACCAAGGAAGACAAAGAAAAGGUUAUAUCUAUAUUUAGGGACAUUUUUGGUCAGGAAGCUGAUGUAUAUACAGGAACCAGAGAGUUUCACAUCACUCCAUACAAUGUUCAGAUCGGUUAUUCAGUUCUUUCUCGUGGCAACUAUAUUCCUCGUCCUGGCAGAAAUCUCUCACUUCUGCAUCAUUCACUGCAGUCCCUCGAGUCCAUAAUGAAAUGUGUGCACAUGAGCUGGAUGGUAAUCCUGGUCGGCCCGGCAGCUGUUGGCAAAACCAGUCUUGUUGAGCUGCUGGCCCAUCUGACCGGCCAUCAACUAAAAAUCAUGGCAAUGAACAGCGCGAUGGAUACAACUGAACUCCUGGGUGGAUUCGAACAGGUUGAUAUCAAUAGGCCAUGGCAGCGCCUGUUGGAAAGAGUGGAGAAUGCUGUGAGCACGCUAGUAAGGGAUAGCCUUCUCCUGACGGAAAUCUGCGCAGAUGAUGCUGAAGUUGUGCUGCGUGCUUGGAGCAAUUUCAUCCUGAAUUACAAACCCAAAUCUCUGGGUGAAGGAGGUAGAAGUGUUACAGCUGAAUUAGUGAGCAAACUGGAGGGAAUACUUGUACUUACCCAGCGACUAAACAACAAAAUAAAUUCUUAUUCUAAGGCAGAGUUUGCUCACCUGGUAGAAGAGUUCCGGCAUUUCAAGCUGCAGCAGGCCCAGGCUGCUGACCAUAACAGCCAUGGCACUUUUGAGUGGGUGGAUGGGAUGUUGGUUCAGGCCCUGCAGUCGGGAGACUGGCUGUUGAUGGACAAUGUGAACUUCUGCAACCCUUCUGUGCUGGACCGCCUGAAUGCUUUACUUGAACCAGGAGGCGUUCUUACCAUGAGUGAGAGAGGUGUGAUAGAUGGCACAAUUCCUACAAUAGCUCCUCAUCCGAACUUCAGGCUUUUCCUUUCCAUGGAUCCUGUUCAUGGGGAAAUAUCCAGAGCCAUGCGGAAUCGUGGGAUUGAAAUUUACGUUCCUGGGGAGAACGAUGGAAAUGUAUUGGACAAUCUGGAUUUGAAGUUACUCCUACAUGGUUUGGGUUUAGUGGGAGAUAGCAUCUGUGAUGCACUUAUGGCUGUGCAUUCAGAAACCAAGGCAGCGAUAGCAGGUUCUGUGUCAUCUUUGUCACCUUUGCUUCAGGCUGCUGUGUUAAUUGUGCAGCAGAUACAGAGAGGCCUUGGAUUAGCAAAGUCUUUUUACAGAGCCUGUUGGGAAGUUUAUGGCCGCUCACAGCAACUGCAGAUUAACCAAAAGCUUGUGUUAGAAUUGGUUACGAAGCAUGCUUCAUCUCUGGCUUCCCAUGAAACUUGGGGUGACUCCUUGCUAGCAAUGGGAUUGUGGCCAGACUCCCUACCUACAGGUCUGUUCGCAGCUGAAGACUCACUUCUUUCAACAGUCCGGAGCGAUGCACAGGUCCUAAUGUAUUGUCUGAAUAGACUAAACCUUAAAAACUGCAGGACACUGCCACUGACUCUGCAAGAUCUUCAAAAAAUUAUGCAGUCCACUAAUCCUGAGAGUCUCAAAUUCAGUGCUGUUGAGAUGGAUGCAAACUGGAUGGAUAACAUGGAAGUUCUCCAGGCUUCAGUGAAAUUGUUCAUAGAAAAGGCAACCAAUCAAGAUUGGACAUUGAGAGUUAAAUGGCUUAACUCUGUAGCCAAAAAUCUGCCACAGGUGCUUGAUCCCAUGCGGAUUCAGCUGGAAGCAGGUGCUGUAGCCCUUGGUGGUUUCUAUGCCAGUCCCCUCUCAUCUGGAGUCUGUAAUAUGAUCAAGUUGCUACAACCAACUAUGACAGAUGAACAUGUGAUGCCUCUGGACCCAAGAUGGAAUAUGCAGUUUUUGGAUAUCAUUAGAAAUUCGAUGAACUUUGAUACAGAAAUGGAACACACAGAUCAGCUUCUAAUCCUUUUGAAGUCUGUAGCAAAUCGGGCAGUAUUAUUUCUUGACCGAGAAAAAAGAAGCUACACUGAGAAGAAUUUGAUUAACAGCAAGAAGCCAAGAAAUAGUGUCUUAAGAAUGUCUCUAGAUUUCCGGAAAGAUCCAGGAAGUUACAACUGUCUGCCGCAUGCAAUUGUGGUCAACAUUGCUGCUUUCUUUGAACUCUGGGAUGCGUUUGUGUUUCACUGGGUGAAGUCUACUCAGGUGGCCUUAAGUGAUGAUGACAUGCAUGAUAUUUUAUACUGCUUGCUGUGGCGUGACCGGUUCUGGACAGUCUCUGACACUCUGACAGUGGAUUCACCAGGGUUGUCACUUCUGUCUCUGCACUGGCACUGGGUUAUGAAGCAUCUAAUUGACAGAAUUCCUCAGAUGCUUAUUGGAUCAGACCAGCACAAGGUUUCCAAGGAAAUUCAAUCUGUUUCACAGCAGAUUCAGAGCUGCUUGGCCAAUCCUGCUGGCAUUUCUGCCAAUAUGAAGAUAUUACAGAAGUCUCUAGGAAGACCCCUUCCUUUUAAGGAUAAACUGGGCAUGGAAUGUUUUUCUCAGUUAAAAGUUGUCAGCAAGCCACUUAACAUCUUGGAACUAAGAUUGGCCUUUGGAGAAAGUAGAUGGCAGGAAAAAAUGUGCUGUCUGAAAAUUGCUGCCACUGGAUGGAAGAUGAAGAAAGCGUUGCUGCAAGCUGAUGGCCUGAUAAUUAGAGCCAAUCAUUUAGAAGAUGUUAGUCUGGGUCAACUAAAGAUUUUUUUGAAAGCUGUGCAUUCGCAACUGAGAGCAGAAGGAGUUAUAUAUAGUCAUUCAGAAGAAAGGUUUACUGAAGAUGCCAUCUCCAGCCAGAUAGACCCUGCCUUGUUAAACCAGCUCUGCAGUCGGGUUCAGCUGUGGCCUGCAAUGGAGUACAUAGGCCUGCUCUGGCAGUACAAACUGACAGCAGAUUAUGUGGCCAAGGCUUGUGCAAGAAGGGAGAACUGCAGUCAAGAACUGAGCAUAUGUUCAGAUCUGCUCCAGCUUAUAGCUUUUUCUCUGAAGUUGACACCAGCUGCUUCUCACCAGCUGUCUGGACUGUGGCACUUGUUACACCUUAAUGAAAUAUCUCCUGAAGAAAUGUCUAUUCUGUCAUCUCAACUAGUUAAUGCUGCAUUAUCAUCGUUUUGGAGCAGUACUUUCACCACGGACCCAGACUACUGGUUGACUUGGAGGCCGCUACCUGCAACAGAUGAAAAGAACUUUUCUAAAUCCCAUAUGAACUGUUCUAUGAAGGGCCCAGGUAUUUUGACCCGAGCCGUUUUCUCAAAGUGCUUCUUUGAAAUUCUAACUAGCAGCAGCAAGACAAGCCAGUGGGAUGUGAGUGGGCUUCCUGUUCUGUCAUCAUCCCAUGUGACACUGGGAGAAUGGAUGGAGAGAGCACAGCAGCUUCACGAAGUCAACACAGCACUGUGGACCAACCUGGCUGUCUCUUCAAUAGCAGAUUUUAGCCACACAGAUGCUAGACUACAAGGGAUAAUGCUAAGCAGACAGUUCUCUGCCCUGGUAGAUCUGGUUCCAAUGGAUCUUCAGGAAGAAUUUGUAGAGUGCUGUGAGAAGCUCUCCCUCAAGGAUCCUGUUGCAUAUGAUUACCUUUUCAAGAUACUUAAAAGCAUCACUGAUCAGGAGUUACUUUCAAAAGAAUUCCUGUUUCUUCUGCUCACUUGCUUACAGCAGUUCUUUGGGGAAGGGCUUAAGGAGUUACCAGAGACAGCUUGGCGAGGAAGCCUCUGGGUCAAUAUUGGUUUGGUGCAAAUCCAGGUGUGGCUUCCGCAGACCAGGUUUGAUCCGGCUGUUAAAAGAGAAUACAAGCUCAAGUACGCAAAAGAAGAGUUAUACCAGCUGGAGUGUGAAUGGAAGACAAAUGAUUUCUCAUCCCAGCUGCAUACAGGAAAAAGUAUUGAAGAUGAAGCACUCAGCAACUAUAUUCAUCCUCAUCUCAGACUGUUGCAUGAAAGAAUGCAAAGGUUGAAGGAGCAAAUAAUCAGUCUUUCCAGAAAAAAGGCCUUCAGGCCUCCGGCUCCACCCUAUGAUUGUUUAUACCAGGAGGCUCACCAGUACAUCAACAGCAUAGCACGGGUUUCUUCAGUCCAAGAUCUUUUAGCCCGCCUUCUGCAGUUCCUCCGUGGGGAAAGACCUAAAUCACUCCAGGCAAUACAAAACCUGUUAAAUGAAGAAGCAUCUUGGCAACAAUCACACCAUCAGUUUAGAAAACACCUGGCAGAGGAGUAUGCUGUGUUCCCUGAUGCCAUCAUUCCACUGCAAGCUGCCAUUUUACAGUUGCAACAUGGCAUGCGAUUAGUGGCUUCUGAAGUUUAUACAGUGCUCAAAAGUUUUGUGCGUCCAGCUGAUCUCACCAACCUCCUCACUUCUUUGUUGACAUUUCCUUCUGUUGGCCGUGCCUUCCCCACUUACUUUGCUCGUGCAGAAAUAUUAUGCUCAGUGAAUUCAGUUGAGGUCCUUCAUGGACUUAAAAAGUUUUCUCUGAAGUACUCUGAAGGAGAAUCUGAGGGAGUAGAGCAGCCUUGCCCAACUCUGGAGCAGCUCCUAGUGAAUGCCUUGUUGCACCUUCGAUGCCAUGUACUAUCCAGAGGAGAGAUGGACCAGAGAUCUCUGCAGCUUUUUAGACAUCUGUGCCAGGCAAUUAUAAAUGAGUGGGAUGAACAGGAACGCCGUGCCCAAGAGCGGGAGGCAACGGAACACAGUCUGUACAGAUACAGAAGUAAAAGUCAUGGGAAAGGACGGAGUGAGGAAGAGGAGGAAGAAGAAGAAUUUAGGAGGAGAUUUCCCUUUCAUGAAAAGGACUUUGAAGAUAUAACAGCUCAGCCAAGCCUAGAAGAAAAAAUGGAAACUGAAGAUCCAUUAGAAGACCAGCUGGAAGUUGAUAGAGCCCUUUUGUCCAAGAGCUCUAUGCAAACAGUAAUGAUGGUUCAUCAACAGUUGUGUUUAAAUUUUGCUCGAUCCCUGUGGUAUCAACAGAGUCUGCCUUCUCAUCAAGCCAAACAUUAUUUCAGUACAUUUAUUUCCUGCUAUCAGACUGGUGCAUGUCUGGUGUCACAAUUCUAUCCUUUAAUUGGUGCCGAAAUGAAUGAUAGUCUUUUGGGAAGCCAACUUCUAGUUAGCACUCUUCUUCACAAUACCUUUUUUGAGGAAUUAACUUCAGAUCUUGUGCUGCAGCAAGAUGGCCCAUAUGACUUCUACCAGCAUCCUAAUAUUCAGCAAGUCCGACAGUGCCAACCUGUACUUGAUAAUUUUGCUAAAGAAGUAAAUGGGCUACUGCAGGAAUGGCCAGAGCAUCCAGUACUUGUGCAGCUGUUAGUUGUGAUGGACAGAAUCCGGAGUUUUCCACUCUCUAGUCCUCUCUCAAAGUUCCUGAAUGGCUUGGAAAUUCUUCUUGCAAAGGCACAGGACUGGGAGGAAAAUGCUAGUCGAGCUUUGUCUUUGCGGAAACAUCUUGAUUUGGUCACACAACUGAUUAUUCAGUGGCGUAGAUUGGAGUUGAAUUGCUGGUCAGUAAGUUUGGACAAUAUUAUGAAGCAGCACGCAGAGAAAUCCACAAAGCACUGGUUCUCAAUUUAUCAGAUGAUUGAGAAGUAUGUUCAAGAACAGACAGAGGCAAACACAGAACAAACUGAGCAAAUGGAUCUGAAAGCACUGGUCAGCACACUGCAAGCUUUUAUUGAAGGAUCCACACUGGGAGAGUUUCAUGCACGACUUCAAGCGCUACUGGUUUUCCACUGCCAUGUCUUGCUGAUGCCUCAAGUGGCAGAAAAGGCAGCUUAUUAUUGUCUGUCCCUUCUAGAAGUUCUGUGCAGCAUCCUGUGGAAUCUAUACAAUUAUUAUAAGCAGUUUUCAGAAUGUGUUGAGGCCAGAAUCAGUGAACUUCGUCAACCUAUAGAAAAGGAACUUAAGGAAUUUGUGAAAAUUUCAAAAUGGAAUGAUGUCAGCUUCUGGGCUAUAAAGCAGUCGGUUGAAAAAAUACGCAGGACCCUCUUUAAAUUCAUGAAGAAGUUUGAAGUUGUUCUGGAUGAGCCAUGUCGACCUGCUUUGGUGGAAAUUGGUAAGGAAGAGCAGCUGGAUUGCUUGCAAAAGCAGGAAGAGUCUGAGAACAAAGAGACCAAAGUUCAGAGGCUAAACAACACGUUAAGAAAAGUUCUGUCUGCUAGAACAGAUGUCACCAAGAGGGCACUCCCAGAAGAAUGUCAGGAUGGCAUUACCUUUCAUACAGAAUCUCUUCAGUAUCGUCUGCCUAAGCUCACUAAAAAAAUGAAGAAAAUGUGUACAGCAGUUACAGAAAAUAAUUCAUUCUUAAGUCUGGUGGAAAAUCUUGACCAGUUCACAGGUGGUAUCAUUGUUUCUGUAGUUGAACUGCAAAAUUUAACAUUUGAUCAGACAGCAGAUAAGGAGAAGCAGAAGUCUGAGGCAAAGCAUAUUCAGAUGCAAAAGCAACGGGCUUUGUCAGAUCUCUUUAAAAGCCUUGCUAAAACAGGUUUGUCAUACCGGAAAGGUCUGUCUUGGUCUCGUUCAAAAGACUAUCAUGAAAUACUCUACCUACAACCACUGGAUUUGCGUAGUGCAUUAGCUGUAGUAAAUUGUACACAUGAAAUGGAUGCCACGUUGCUGACAGAGAUUUCUUCUGCCUGGGAUGGAUGCCAGAAGUACUUCUAUCGAUCACUUGCACGCCACUCUAGACUUCAGACAGCAUUAUUAGCACCUGCCAAGGAUAUUGGACUAGGUAGCAUUGAACGAUGCAAAGGAUUCACUGCACACCUCAUGCAGAUGCUUGUCAAACAGAGGCGAUCUCUUACUGCAUUGACAGAACACUGGAUCUCACUGAGGAACCUCCUGAAUUGUAUACAAGAGAUAGAUUCUAGGCUGACUGCUGACAGAGUUUAUAAUGUAGCAUUUCCUCCUCAAGACAGUUUUCGACACUGGACUGACAAACUGCAGCAACUGUCCAUGCAGUGCGUGAUGGUUCUUGAGGAGCUGUCUUGGUUUAUACAGUGCUGUCCAAAAGAAGAGUUGACAAAGUGCAGUGACAAUGAAAGGACAGAUGUGAAAAUAAACAUUUUUCAGAGUUCAGGACCUGAAAUGGGAAAUGUUUUUACAGGAAUACCUGACCUAAUUCCUUCAGAGCUAAAGUAUCUGUCUCCAGUAACAAUUGAGCAACUGCCUCCUGGAUGCAGGAUGCGAAAUAAGGAUCAGGUAUGGCUGCAGCUAGCUGCACAAUUGACUGCAAUGCUGACAAAUGUGAAGGCAAUGAAAGCAGAAGUGGACAAAGUAAGACAACAGUCACGUCAGACCUUGUUUUAUUCCUGGAGAGAUUUUGAAGUUUACACGUCAGCUAUGAGUUGUUUGCUACAAGUCUCAGCUCAGUUACAAGGCAUAGAGUCCCUAUUUCUUCCAAAUGAGGAAGGCAGACAAGCUGCAACUCAGAUGCCCCUAAUCAAGAGCCUAAGGUAUAUACAAGAAGAAGUUAAUAAUACAUCUGCAGACUUCACAGCCUGGAGAAUGCAGCUUCUUGCUUCCGUGUCAAAUUGCAUUGGAAAUCAACGGUCAGAUGAAGAGUUUGUGGAGCACUUCUCAGCAAAAGUGGAAACUGUUAUCCGUGUUGUUCUGUAUGCCAUCCAGUGUUUGGUCGAGAGAAAACAGGAAGGUGGAAAAGAGGAAGAAAAAUCUCUAGAGGAAAAUGAGGAUGCAGACUCACUUGACGUGAUUAAAACAGGACAUAUAACUAAGCUUUUGGAUGAAGAUCUCUUUGCCGAUUUGGAUUCUUUGCAUGUGCAGAAAGCAAUUUUAGCAGUUUCAGAACUCCUGGAGAACCUGAAAUCUUAUGGGGAAGAUUACACUUCAGAUAAACAUAAGUUCUUCAACCAGUCCUGCUAUUUGCUGGUGCGUCUAAAGCCCAUGCUCUGCAGAUAUUCAGAUGUUAUCCUGUUCUACCUCACUGUUUCACUGGCAUCUCACAGGAGUACUGGAAAACUGCUUUCGGUUCUAACUAGCAUUUUUACAGAGCUUGCCCAAAAGGGGUUUUGUCUGCCAAAAGAAUUACUUGAAGAUGAAGCUGCAGAGGGAGCAACACAGUUUCAUGAUUAUGAGGACGGUGGUAUUGGAGAUGGGGAAGGCAAGAAGGAUGUGAGCGAUAAAAUAGAAAGUGAAGAUCAGAUAGAAGACAGUUUUCAAAAGGGUGAAGAGAAGGAGAAAGAGGAUCAAGAUUCUAAACCAGACAUUGAAGGAGAAGACAAUGCAAUUGAAAUGUCAGAAGACUUUGAAGGCAAAAUGCACGAUGGAGAACAGGAUAAAAAAGAAAAUGAUGAAAACUCAGAUGAAGAGGAGGAGCUUGAUAAGCAGAUGGGAAAUCUUGAUAAUGCUGAAGCUGAUGAUAAACUGGAUGAGAGGCUCUGGGGGGAUGAAGAUGAUGAUGAUGAUGAUGAUGCCAGUAGUAAAACAGAAGAAACUGGACCAGGAAUGGAUGAGGAGGAUUCAGAACUUGUUGCAAAAGAUGACAAUUCAAGCACAGGAAACAAGGAUAAUAAAAAACAGCCUCCUAAGGAUGAGGAAAAAGAGCAACAAGAUGAUGACAAUGGAAACAAAGAGAAAAUCCAUGAACAAAUUGAUGAGCGUGAGUAUGAUGAGAAUGAAGUAGAUCCUUAUCAUGGCCAGCAAGAAAAGCAGCCUGAAGUUGAACCUUUGGACCUUCCUGAUAAUUUGAACCUGGAGAAUGAUGAAAAGAGUGAUGAGGGGGAAGAGGAUGAAGAAGAAGAAAAUGCUUUUGAAGUAGAUGAGAAACCUGUUGAUUUAAGUGAAGCAGAGAAGACAGAAGAACAGAAUGAAGAGGAUACUGGUGAGACAGAAAGAGAUGAUCAAGAUGCAGAAUCAGCUGAAGAAGGCAUUUCUGAAGAGAAAGAGGAGAAGGAAGAUGAAGGGAACAAAGAUGCUGAUGAUCAAGAAGAAAAUGCAGAGAACACUGAGGAUGCAGCAAAAGAAGAGGAGGAAGAGUCACAACUACCUGAUGAGGAAAAAAAUGAAUCUGCUGAAGAUAAAGGAAUCCCUGCUGCUGACCAAGGCCUUCAACCUCAGGAAGAAGAGGGUAAAGAUAAUUCAGAGAUGGAUGAACAGAUCCCUGAGCCUGAGGAAAGAAUGGAGCAUGAAACACAAGGGCAGACUGGGCAAGAAAACUUGCAGAGUGACAGUGCUGUUGAGCUGGCUGGAGAGGCUUCAGAAAGAGACCAGUCUAGAGAGGAAUACGGAAGUGGAGCUUCAAGUGCAAAUCAAUCAGAAGGCCAUGAAUCCACACUCAUGGCCCGGAUGGCUUCUCAGAAGCAAAGCAGAAAAAAUACCCAGAGUUUCAAGAGGAAGCCUGGUCAGGCAGACAAUGAGCGCUCAAUGGGGGAUCACAACGAACAUAUCCAUAAGCGGCUGAGAACCAUAGAAUCCAGCAGUGAAGCAAAACAGAAUACAACUCAGCCUAAACAAAACGUGGAGGAAGCUGAUGCUUUUGAACAUAUUAAACAAAGCUCUGAAUGCUAUGAUGCACAGACAUAUGACGUAGCUAGCAAGGAGCAAGAGAAACCUAUUAUGCCUCUUGAAGAAAAGGAAGAGGGACAUUCUGAAGAUGCAGCUAUGGAAACAGAAAUGCAGAACAAUGAGGAUCUCAAAGCAGUAGAUGCAGAGGAGCUGAAGCCAGAAAAAAAGAAGUCUACUGCCACUAAAAUUCCUGGAACAGGUGAAGUGGAGCCGGAGAUCCAGGCUUUGGACUCGGAGGAUGUCAAAGACUCUACAACAGAAAAGCUACCAAAGGUGACUGAAGAGAAGCCAGAGAGAAGCAAGGACUCAACCAUACAUACUGCCCAUCAGUUUUUGAUGGACACUCCCCAGCACAUCGUUAGAGAUCCUGAAGAGCUAAGAAGGGAACUUGAAAGGCAACUGGAAGCUUGGCAGACACAGCAGUCUGGAACUCCAGAUGAGGAGAAAGAAGCAGCACAGUUGUGGCAGAGAUAUUUAGUACUGACAGCUCCUCUAUCACAGCAGCUUUGUGAACAGCUACGACUCAUACUAGAACCCACUCAGGCAGCCAAAUUGAAAGGAGACUACAGAACGGGGAAGAGACUGAACAUGCGCAAAGUGAUUCCAUAUAUUGCCAGUCAGUUCCGAAAAGACAAGAUCUGGUUGCGAAGGACCAAGCCCAGUAAACGACAGUACCAGAUUUGCUUGGCUAUUGAUGAUUCCUCUAGUAUGAUAGACAAUCACUCUAAACAGCUUGCAUAUGAAUCCCUGGCAGUUAUUGGAAAUGCACUGACUCUUCUAGAAGUGGGACAAAUUGCUGUGUGUAGCUUUGGAGAGACUGUUCAGCUGCUGCACCCAUUCCACGAACAGUUCAGUGACCAGUCAGGGACACGGAUAUUGCGUCUUUGCAAAUUUCAGCAGAAGAAAACAAAAAUAGCCCAGUUUCUAGAAUCAUCAGCAAAUAUGUUUGCUGCAGCACAGCAGCUGUCUCAAAAUAUUAAUCCAGAAACAGCGCAGCUGCUUUUGAUCGUGUCUGAUGGAAGAGGCCUUUUCUUGGAAGGCAAGGAACGAGUGACAGCAGCAGUUCAAGCAGCUCAGAAUGCCAAUAUCUUUGUUAUUUUCGUAGUGUUGGACAAUCCUAAUUCCCGGGAUUCCAUUUUGGACAUUAAAGUACCUAUAUUCAAAGGACCUGGAGAAUUGCCUGAAAUCAGAUCUUACAUGGAAGAAUUCCCAUUCCCAUUCUACAUGAUCCUUAGAGAUGUGAACGCGCUUCCAGAAACUCUUAGUGAUGCUCUCAGACAGUGGUUUGAACUGGUGACUGCCUCAGACACUGUGUAGACUUUGUAGACAAAGUCAGUACCCAAUUGCUGCUAAACCGCUGAAAUGUAUGAACCGGCAUUUCCUCAGCAAGCUCAUGAGGCCCCUUGCUAACUAGGAUUAAUGUGCAGGAGCUGCCCUCUGGCAGUCAGACUGUGUAAGAACAAAAUGGUUUAGGCGCAUUCUCCCACGUUUGUCAGAGGACAAUUAUGCAACGGUCAUCUUCUUUCAUUGCCUAUUCCCACCAAUAACGUAGAACUUUCUUCAGCUUCUCUUGUAAUAACUUAUUACUUUCCGCACAAAAAAAGGUAUUUGUAAUGUUCACAGAGGUAAAAUUAUUCCUGCAACUGUCUAUUGCAAUAAGAAAAAUCGGUCUUGCUUCUGGGAAGACAUUUCUGCAUUAGAAGAACUUCAGGUGUCUUGCAAAAAAGGAUUCUUUAGCUUCACUCAUGUGGCUGGUGCCUCUUUGGGAAGGAGUUGGGGGAAGCAGGGGAAGCAGAUGAUUUUAAACAACCAAAAAUAUAAGUAUUUGAAUACUUGAAACUGUUCUGCAGCUUAACACAUUCUGUUUAAUAAUUGCUGAUUUUUGUCUGACGAUAUCAACUGGGAGUUUUAUGAAUAAUGCCAUAUGAUCACCCUGAUAUUAUCAGUUUACACUGUGAAGUUUGCCCCUCUGUCCAAGGCAGACACGGACCUUCCAUUAAUCCGGUGUUCUAGAGCAUGGACAUGAUUUUUCAUUGCAAAAGCUAUGCAUCUUGUAUGGUCUGUACUAAUAAAAAGAGGUACCACUGUUUGUAAUUAUGAUGUCUGUUCUUUCACUUGAUCAAAGCCUGAAUAAAUUAACCAAAUUUGCCACAUGGAAAUGCUGCGCAUU